AUGGAAAGAAGUGAACCCACUUUAGUUCCAGAAUGGUUGAGAAGUACAGGAAGUGUUACUGGGGGUGGCAAUUCAGCCCACCAUUUUGCAUCAUCUUCUUCUCACUCAGAUGUUACUUCUUUGGCUCAUCACCUGAGAAAUAGAACCUCAAAGAGCAUAAGUGAUUUUGAUACACCACGUUCUGCUUUUCUGCUGGACCGAUCUUCCUCUUCCAAUUCACGGAGGAGUUCUAGUAAUGGUUCUGCAAAGCAUGCUUACAGUAGUUUUAACAGAAGCCACCGUGAUAAGGACCGUGAUAAGGAAAAAGAGAGAUUAAACUAUGGAGACCAUUGGGACCGUGACUGCUCUGACCCUUUGGGAAAUAUUUUUACCAGUAGAGUUGAAAAGGAUACUUUGCGGCGUUCUCAGUCUAUGGUGGCCAGGAAACAAAGUGAGCUUUUGCCCCGAAGAGCUGUUAUUGACUCAAAAAGUAGUAACAGCAAUCAUAACAAUGGCAAUGGUUUGCUUUCUGGGGUUGGAGUUGGUAUUCAGAAGGUUGUGUUUGAUAAGGAUUUUCCCUCACUCGGAACUGAAGAAAGGCCAGCUGUGCCUGAUAUUGGAAGAGUUCCAUCCCCUGGAUUUAGCACAACGGUUCAGAGUCUGCCUGUUGGUAGUUCAGCUUUAAUUGGUGGGGAGGGAUGGACGUCAGCUCUGGCAGAGGUGCCUUCUACUAUCAUUGCAAGCAGUAGCUCAGGAUCCUUUCCUGUUCAACCAACGGUUGCUGCUACUUCGGGUUCUGGUACUUCAACUGCAAUGGCUGGUCUUAACAUGGCUGAAGCAUUAGCGCAAGCUCCAGCACGAGCUCGCACUGCUCCUCAGUUAUCUAUCAAGACCCAGAGGCUUGAGGAGUUGGCUAUCAAGCAAUCGAGGCAAUUAAUACCAGUAACCCCUUCGAUGCCCAAAGCUUCAGUUCUGAAUUCUUCUGACAAAUCAAAGCCCAAAACAGCAGCCAGGACUGGUGAAAUGAAUGUACCUGCCAAGGGUGGACAACAGCAGCAACCCUCUCAAUUGCACCACGCCAAUCAAUCUCUUCGUGGUGGUCCUGUCAAGUCCGAUCCUCCAAAGACAUCUCAUGGGAAGUUCCUGGUUCUUAAACCAGUAUGGGAAAAUGGUGUCUCCUCUUCUCCGAAGGAUGUUACUAGCCCCACAAAUAAUGCCAGCAGAGCAGCAAAUAGCCCACUUGUUGUUGCUCCUGCCGUUGCAUCUGCUCCUCUAAGGAGCCCCAACAACCCAAAGCUUUCGCCUGUGGAGCGCAAGGUAGCUGCCUUGGAUCUGAAAUCUGGAUCCACAUUGGAAAAGAGACCUUCUCUGUCUCAAGUCCAGAGCCGGAAUGAUUUUUUCAAUCUCUUGAAGAAGAAAACCUCAAUGAACAGUUCAAUUACUCUCCCAGAUUCAAGCCCUAUCAUUUCAUCUCCCACUAUGGAGAAAUCAGGUGAACUAACUGGGGAAGUAUUCAGUGAUCCUGCGAGCCCUCACGCUAUUGAAAAUGGUGGUGAGGUGACUGUGAAUGGUGAUAGCUCUGAAGAGGUUCAGAGGUUUUCUGAUACUGGUCCUAGUGUGGCAGUUUAUCCUGAUGAGGAAGAGGCUCGUUUCCUUCGAUCUCUUGGAUGGGAUGAUAACCCUUGUGAUGAUGGCGGUCUUACAGAAGAAGAGAUAAGUGCAUUUUAUGACCAGGUCCUGAAAUCAAGGCCAUCUCUGAAACUUUGCCGAGGCAUGCAGCCAAAGCUUUCUACGCUGUCUGAAUCUCGUGCAACUAAUUUGGGCGGGGCUCGCUCUGACUUGAGCUCAUCUGACUCUGGGUCUGAAGCUUGA